AUGUCCAUAAAGGAGGAUGUUGUUAAGAAUGAUUCUGAUAAUGAUUUGGGUGAUGAUUUCGAUUAUCAACCGAAUGCAGAAGAUGAUGCUGAUGACGACGAUGUGGAUUCGCUGGAUUCCACUAGCAAGAGUGAAGAAGUUUGUGGUGUAAAAAGAAUAGCGGAUUUAAUGGUGGAGGAUAUUUGGAACCUGGAGUUUAGGACGGAGGAUGAGGCUUGCCAAUUUUAUACCGCUUAUUCUUGUUGGCAUGGAUUUGUGAGGAAGGACGACGUGGUUAGGGAUAAUCAAGGUAGAAUCAUUAGCAGGCAACUUGUUUGCAACAAAGAGGGCUGGAGAAAUAUGAGAUGGAAGGUAUCAUGUUUUGUGGAAUCUCACAACCACGAUCUGAUGCCACCCCAAUUUGCGCAUCUGGUACCGACCAAUCGUCGUCUAACUGUGACUGAUAGAGUCCAAGUGGAAAAUCUUCAUAAUUUUGGUGUCAAGAGCUGCCAUAUUAUGGGGUAUAUUGCAUUCCAGAUGGGUGGAUAUCGUCAUGCUGGCUUCACACGGAAAGAUUUGUACAACCACAUCGAUCGCUAUCGUCGGGCAAAAGUUAAAAACGGGGAUGCCAAUGCGGCAAUAAACUAUUUGAUUGGCAAGUCAAACAACGAUCCGCUGUUCUUUGGAAAGUAUACGUUCACUAGUGACGAAAGGCUGGAGCAUAUUUUUUGGGCAGAUGGGCAGUCAAUUAUCGACUAUCACUACUUUGGAGAUAUUGUUGCCUUUGAUUCAACCUACAAGAAGAAUAAAUACAACAAGCCUUUGGUCAUUUUCUCUGGAUGCAAUCAUCACGGGCAGACUGUUAUCUUCGGCUCCGGCCUACUAUCCGACGAAACUACAGAGACGUAUAAGUGGUUGUUGGAAAUCUUUGUUGAAGCGAUGGGUGGGAAAAGUCCAAAAGCAGUAAUAACUGACGGAGACCUUGCCAUGCGAGAUGCAAUCAAGAAUGUUAUGCCUGAUGCGACCCAUCGGUUAUGCGGAUGGCAUCUGCAGAGAAAUGCAUGUGAAAAUAUAAAGAAUCCUAAUUUCUUGCGCGAUUUUAAGGGUCUUAUAUACGACAACAACGACCAGAGAGACUUUGAUCGGAGAUGGGCAGCCAUUUUGGAUAAGCACAACCUUGUUGGCAGUACCUGGAUGGAAAAGACGUACGAAACUCGUGAGAUGUGGUCCCAUUGUUUCCUCUGGGAUAAGUUUUUCGGUUACAUAAGGACGACAUCACAGUGUGAAGGUAUAAAUUCUCUCAUCAGAUUUUAUGUUAAUCGCAAGAACACCCUCAUUGACUUCAUGCAUAACCUGGAUAGGGCCUUAAAGGAGUAUAGAAACAACGAAUUAAUAGCUGACUUUAAGUCUCAGUGCUCAGAGCCAGUGAUGAUUACCUCGUUGGAGGUAUAUGAAAGAUCUGCAUCAUGUUAUUUCACGCGAAACAUUUUCAAGGAAAUUCGUAAUGAGAUUCAGAGGGCAGGGACUUUGAAUAUAACGGUACUAAGCACAACCUUGGACAAGGUAGAGUUCAGUGUGACUGCUCUCGGAGACCCGGCCAAAGAUCGACGGGUGGAAGUCGAUAGAGGUAAGAAUCUGUUCUCGUGCUCGUGCAAGCUGUUUGAAUCACGUGGUAUUCCCUGUAGUCAUAUCUUCUGUGCCAUGAAGUUCGAAAACAUACUUGAGUUUCCAGAUUCAUUGAUAUACAAAAGGUGGACAAAGAAUGCAAAGAACGAAUUUAUUAGCACAGAAAUGCCUGUGAAUGAUGACAUCGAAAGGGUCUUAAAGUUUCGAGUUGGAGCGUUGGCAUCGAAUUGCAACAAGCUAUGUGAUAUUGCUUGCAAGGAUCUUGCAGACUUUGAUGAAGUCCAGUCUGAACUUGUCAAUUUAGUUAUCCGCCUGCAGUCACGCAAACAAGGCAAGUCAACUCUUAAUGUUAACGUGGAAGGCAUCAACGAUCCAUUUGUUGUCAAAAGCAAAGGAGCCCCUUCCAAGAGGUCUUCUUGGAGGAAGAAGAGAGCAUGCUCUAAUUGCCACAAGUACGGUCAUUACUACAAGCGCUGUCCAGAUCUGAUGCAGCAUAGUGUGGAAGGUAACCCUCGCGAUCGAUCAUACGGCAAUGCAUCAGCCAAGGACUCAGGUUUUAGUCCAGAAAGGUUUGCUAAUUCUUCGAGGUCGUUCUCAAUUAAGUCCGAACACCACUCAGGACCUAAUACUAAGCCUUUUAAAAAGGGUGGAACAAGGAAGUUUACGGCGACGGGUAUGAGGAACCGGAAGGGUAAAGACAACACUUUUGUUGAGGUGAAUGAGUCACAGCAGGACAAGAGACAUUCAUUCAAGAACUAUGAAUGCGUUAAUGAUGUCGUUGAUGAUAAAUGUGAUACACGACAUGUGCAGAUUGAUGUCCGAGAUCCGUUAACAUCAUCACUGCCUUGUGGCAACAAACAAGGAUCUGCUGUGUUCUCGUUGCAGUAA